AUGUACGUAAAUGCCAGCAACAAAGACUUCAAGCCAACUACCGCGUCCUACAUCCGAGUCUUACAAUUGACUUACGCUUAUUGCCUUCUUCUACCUUUUCCGCCUUCUCCCAAAUCAAACCGCUACGCACUCUUCUGUAUGGAGCCACUUCAAUACAGCAGUAGCUUCACCGUCUUCCUUCUCCUACUAUUUCUGGCACUCUCUCUUUUUUUGGAGCCUUUCUCGAUGGUUAACUGCAAAGCUCUUGAACAAUGCCUCCAGAAAGAGAGCUCGGCGCUUCUCCAGCUGAAGCGAGGCUUCAUCACUGGUGAGCUCGAUACGUGGCAGCCCGGGACGGCCUGCAGCUCUCGGGUGGAAAUCGGGGCGGGUCCCGGGCCUCGACCUAAGCAAUCGAUCCAUCGCCGGCUUACAAAUCUUUCAAUUCUCAAUCUGUCUGGGGCACUAUAUAUCGAGAAGGUCCCCGUUGGUAUCUCUCGCUUGACGAAGUUAACUUCCCUUGACCUCUCCGGCAAUGGGUAUCCUUUAACUGCUAACCCAAUAAUUCUGCAAAAUAUGAGCAAUUUAAGGGUACUUAAUCUAGACUAUGUAAAUCUCUCGACAUACGGAGUUGAAUGGUGUGGUGCUCUUACCAAUUACACCCCCGCCCUCGCUGUGCUGAGAAUGAUAGAUUCUUCCCUCUCUGGGUAUUUUCCGAACGAAAUCUUUUUUCUGAGAAAUUUGAAAGAACUUGAUUUAUCAAACAAUCAAAUGCUUUCUGGUUCUCUUUCUGAUUUUCCAGAAUACAGCAAUUUAGAAACUUUGUACCUUUAUGGCACCAAUUUCUCUGGGAAUUUACCUGAUACAAUAGGAAACCUCAAGUUUUUGACUGAUUUGAAUCUCGGAGAAUGUCAAUUUUCUGGUAAAAUACCGACUUCGAUGGGGAAUCUAUCACGACUAAAAUGGUUGUAUCUAUCAGACAACAAUUUUUCCGGCGCUAACACUUGUCUGAAUGGCAACCUAUGCAACCUCAAAGAACUUGAUCUUUCCGAUAAUUCUUUCUCUGGACCAAUUUCUGCUUCUGUCUUUACACUGCCGGCUUUGGAAAAGCUGCAACUUCAGCAAAAUCAAUUCUCUGGGCAACUUGGAGAGUUCUCAAAUGCAUCCUCUAUGUUGACUUAUGUUGAUCUUAGUAACAAUAAAUUGCAGGGG